GCAUCGCGGAGUGCACGAGGAAAAGGAAAGGAAAGGGAAGCCAAAGCGAAACCCUAACCCUAACGGAGAGAUGGCGGAGCACUUGGCAUCGAUAUUCGGGACGGAGAAGGACAGGGUGAACUGUCCGUUCUACUUCAAGAUCGGCGCGUGCAGGCACGGCGACCGGUGCUCCCGGCUUCACACGAAGCCCACAAUUAGCCCAACGUUGGUUCUGUCGAACAUGUACCAGAGGCCCGACAUGAACAUGAACAUCAUCACCAACCCCGAUCAGCCCCAGCCCCAAUCUCUCGACCCCGAUAAGGUCCAGGAUCACUUCGACGACUUCUACGAAGAUCUCUUUGAGGAGCUUAGCAAGUACGGCCCCAUUCAGAGCUUGAAUAUUUGCGACAACCUCGCCGAUCAUAUGGUUGGAAAUGUGUACGUUCAGUUUAGGGAGGAAGACCAUGCAGCCAACGCCCUCAUGAAUCUGACUGGGAGGUUUUAUUCAGGUCGACCCAUCAUUGUUGAUUUCUCUCCUGUUACGGAUUUUCGAGAAGCUACUUGUAGGCAGUAUGAGGAAAAUGUAUGCAAUCGAGGUGGCUAUUGCAACUUCAUGCACCUAAAGAAGAUUAGCAGGGAUUUGAGAAGGAAAUUAUUUGGAAGAAAUAGGCGAUGGAAUGGCCGCAGUGGAAGCAGAAGCAAGAGUCCUCCAAGGAAUCGUAACCAUGGGGAGCAUUUACAUUCUGGUCGUGGUUCUGGUAGAAGAGAUUUUGACAGGUCCCAUGGCCACCAUGGUAGGAGGCCUAGAAGCCGUAGUCCUCGAUAUAGAGGGAAACGAAGUAGAAGUCCUGUGGGUAGGGAUAGGAGUCCUCCGAUCAGAGAAAAUAGUGCAGAAAGGAGAGCUAAAAUUGAGCAAUGGAACAGGGAGAAGGAACAAGGGGAAACUAGUAACAAGAACAAUACAAAAAGCAAUGAUGAUUAUCAAGAACAGAGUGUUGCACAAAAUGGCAGUGAGUCUGGUAAUCAUCAGAUAUAGCAACAACAACGUUGAGGUUUGGCCCAAAAUCUGCUAUCAAGAGUGGCAAGUAAUCUGGUUUGUGACUUUGUCGUUUGCGCUGAGUUAGAUGGAUUCAGUUGCCAUUGUUUUUAUUCUAUUUGGAAUUGUCAAUUUAGUGAUAGAACCUUGUAACAUCCAUAGCAUCAAUGUUUUAAUUUUCUGCUUCAAUUGUAAUGUUCUGCAAGGGAGGAAGAAAAAUGGAAAAAGCGGCGAGUUUAACUUGUUGCGAGGAUGAAGCGAUACAUUUGAUAAAGUUCACCUAUGAAUGUUUCAUAUUUUGUUGUCGAGCAUUUAUUGUAUGUCACCAAUGUUGAAGGGUAUUUAGAUGGAAAACAGAUGAAAUGAUGUAUGAAUUUCGACUAUGUGAAUAGCUAAAGGUUUUUUUUUUUGUUAAGUAAA